CUCGGGACUGUUUUUAAUAAACCGUGGGGCUCCUAUUUGAGAAGAAAGACGCCUUUGGAGAAACUUUUGUCUUGGUUAUGGAUACUUUGAAACUGUAAUUAGAAAUUACAUCCGGCUCUGACGCACAUAGAAUUUGUUAAAGGGAUCUGUAGAUUGGGCAAGAAGAUGCAUCGUGUUUAAACCACUGCAGAUUUUUACAUCUAUGGUGUUACGUUGUUUGUUAAAUAUGCGCGCUUUCAAAGAACGCGUUGGGUUCCAGAGGCGCGCGUCGGAGCGCAAGAGCGCGGUGUGAUCCGGAGCGAUGAUGCGGGGUCCGAAUGCGCAUUCCAAAUGGUAUGUCUUUUGACUUUAUCCAGACACAUUUCUGCAGAAGUGGGAAUGUUUUUCCGUGGGAUCUGGACGCUGCGUCGGAGAUGUUGUACGGGACCCCUGUUGCUCCUGGGGAUAGCGGUGGGUGUCUUCUACCACACAGUCACUGUGGAUAGGAACGGAACCGUGUUCAAGUCCGAUCAACAGGUCCGGAGGAAUAAAUCACUGAUGUCUGAUCAUAAUCUGCUUCUGAGGAACCCCGAGAGACUCGCAUCUCUUCUUGAGACAUCACGGACUGAUGGUUUUAUGCAACGCAGCUGUGCGGGAAAAGCCAUUAUUCUUACAGGCCAAAACUCUCCAACAGACACUGAGGUCCAGUUGUACCAGAGAGUCCUCCAGCAGCAGGGGUAUCGUGUGGACCAGACCCGUUACGCAGAGACCAGCGCUUCCCUCAGACAGGACAGAAGAGAUGGAAGAGACUGGUCUGUCUUGGUGUGUCUAAAGGGCUCAGAAAAAAGUUGCCUGCGAAAAAUCAACUUUGCUCAUCCUCUGUACCACCAGAGGGUUAACAUUAUACCAGCGUUUUCUGGAGCCUUUCUGGACAUGGGCGGAGUCUGCCGGUUUUUGACUGACAGCAAGUUAGCAGGAGUGAUAUUACCCAUCGUCCCAUCUGCCUGCUCUCCAUCCACGCCAUCCCAAGACGGCACUCCGCACACCGUCACAGAUGAACGGACAAAGCCAAUUGAAGGCGCACAUUCACACAAUCACAAUUUCAACACCACUGUGAGCAUAUAUGUCCUGGUUACCUCUGCAACACCGUUGAUAGCGCUCAUCCACCGCACAGCCCUGGUCAAGACCCACCUGGCCAAAAAUAGUUAUGCCACUGAUCUGCAGGUGUUUUUUAGAGAGACUGGGUCUGUUCUCUCCAGUCAGGCUAGUGUGCACAUGAAACAUGUCGUCAGUCAAAUCCUGAAAGCGGCUUUAUUAACUACACAGGAGAGCACAGCCUCACCCCGGUGUCAGCUCUGUUUUCAGUUACUGACCUUCACGUUGCACUAUAAUGACUCUCUCCAUCCGGUUGUGGUACAGCUUCGAACAGAUCUCCAUUUUGACGGAAUGAGAGACCCCCACUUUGAUGGACAGAUCACCAAAGAAUACAUGCUGGAGGAUGUAUUGAAACUGCUUUUCCCAGCAUGCAACAGUGAGGCUAUGGGGGCCGGUCCUUCGCUCAGUACACAGUACGGUGGCUGUGAUUGGCCGAACAGUCUGUGUCUGCCUCAAGAUGAACUUUAUUUACUGCAGCAGUUUAACCAACACCUCAAGACAUCAGGGCCUUUUCAACUGCUGUACCCUAUAUCUCCUUCUGAUGAUCUCCAUCAUGAUCUAAUCCAGAGGUCCCUCAGUGUCCAGGAUGAUGGAUGGAGACCAGCUCUCAUGGCCCUUCUCCAGGAGCUCAGCCUUUAUUACACGAGAAGAAAUCAGACCGGACGCAGCUUCGAUGACCUAAAAAACCGGGGGCAUGGUGAGACACAUCCAGACCAAUCAGAAGACAGAUCACAAAAAGGGAGAUGUGUUGAUCCUCACUUGAGGCAGCUGUACACAGACCCUCCGAUGGCACUUAUGCCAGCGUUUAAUGCGUGGGUAAAAGAAUACCGAGCCGAGGUUCCUUUUGAUGUGAUCACCAUUUGGACCAGGCCAGAACCGGCCAGCCCACACUGCCACAUUCACUUGGAUGAACAUCGAGGACCCAGGAUGGCAAACUACCCGGUCGGCCUGGGCAACAGCAGAAUCAACAUUCUGGUGACGGACGAAUCAGCAGCCGAGCCCGUCGUCAUGACGAUAUACACUCUGCAUAUAUACCGUGAAAGCAGGCCCAGCCUGCCAAUGUUUGAUGAGUAUGUGAUGUGCAGCUUUGUGCAGGACUGUGGCCUGGUGGUCAAACCAGACCAGCCUUGCGGUUUGGAGCCGGUUCCAGGAUCGUCAGAAGAAACUCAGCCAUCAUCAUCACCACCACCUUGCUUAUCAGGAGAUGAGCCUGGUCGUUGGGUUGUUCCAUGUCUGAGCUGUACGGACAACAGGACCUGUGACUGGAGAGAGGUCUCCUGGCAACCCGACAGCUGUUAUCACCCCUUGCUGGACCAACCUCAGUUACAAACCUGCAUGAUGGACAGAAAGGUCCUAUUCAUUGGCGACUCCACCAACAGAGGGAUGAUGUACUACCUGAUGGAAAGAGUGAACACCACGCUGGAAGAUUGGGACAAGGCCCACGAUACCAUCAUCUACCACAAUCUGAAUCAAGGGCGAACUAUCGCCAGUUACUCCUACUACCCACAAUUCUGGCUGCCGAAGGCCCAGAGACCCACCUUCCAAAGAGCUUUGGAACAGCUUAUAGAGAGGUCAAGGCCCCUGGAGGAUUCCUCUAAGACAGUACUGGUCGCUGGUGGGGUGCAGUGGCUCAACCUAAACCAUCUGAGGACCAUUCAACAGGUUCUAAAGAGUGAGGGUCUUCAGAACAUUCUGGUAGUGGUGAAGUCUUUAGGAAUGGGUUUCCAUCUUCCUGUAGAUGGCAUUCGAUCCCUUCCCCUGAGCGGAGUGCAAGAACUCUAUCAUGUGAACAAGGAUAUUCUGGAAAAUGCCAAACAUCUUGGAUAUGAGGUCAUUGACACAUUCAGCAUCACUAUGGGACGAUAUAAAGAGUUCCUGCAGGGCCGGUGUGCCUGCCAUUACCAUGAGGUCUAUAAGCUUCCUUUUCCAACUUCUGCUUCUGAAGGAAAGCUGAAGAUCUCAAGGUAUGCUGGAGAAAGUGGGACCAGGGCCAAUGUGCACACAGGACCUCAACCAUCGUCUCAACCUGAUGUUUCCUACCACGUCAAGGGACCAGUGAACAAAGUCUACUCGGAAAUCCUACUAAGUAGGAUUUGUGUGAACCGUGCUGUCAGCGGGACCAUUCGGCAACAAUGACAGAGACAUUUAGCGGCUGGUGACGCUAACCUAAGUGUGUUUGCAGCGGGAAAAGCAUCUGUAUAAGUAGCUAUGAACACGUACAUCUAUUUUUUUAAAAGGGCUAAAUGCUCAGGUAUUUUUAAACACAGUGAGCAAUGAUCGGUCUAAAUCUACCAAUGCUGGAUCAAAGUGGUACAUUGGAGAUGGGCAGGUUAGGUAGAUGUUUGUGCAUGCAGGGGGAUCCAGAUGGAUAGGGGCAUGGGGUGAGGUAAAUGAGACCCUCUGACGUCUCGCCAAAAUGUCUUUGGCAGCUGCAGCUUAAGGGCUGCCAGUGACUGCUGUCGUCAUGCGACCCUUCAAACAGCUUUUCAAAAAACUUUCCUUCAAUGCUAAUGCAACGUUCCUACAAUGCUGCUGCUAGAGCUCGGGCGGAAAUGUUCCCACAUGUAUUUUGGAAACGUUUUGCAGGCACUACGCAGUGCCUUUCAUGUCACGCUGUCUCGCAUUGUCACUUUUAUGGAAGCUCGGGCGAUGUUUUGAAGUCUAGCUUUACACUCCCUUCUUUCACAUACCAGGUCCAUGAGUAUUUGUGAAGUAUUGUAUGCCAAAGGUCUUACGAAGGAUAUGUUGUAGUAUGUCUGUCAUAUGUUCUUAACAAAUAUUUCUACAUUUAUUUUUCUACCAGUGUUUUCUAGUGCUUUUAAUAAUAACCUUUGUAAAUGUUGUAUAGCCUGCUGUUCACAGGAAAAAGGAUAUCUGUAUAUUUAUGCUAUUUCAGUAAGUUUUGAUAGUAAGCAGUUUUAUAUUUUGACUGGGUUAAAUCUGAAUUGUUGGAAUGCAUGACAUGUUUCACUGGUCUGCUAUUUAGUUGGAAAAAUGUAUUUGAAUAUCCCAUAGGUCUUCUCUUUCCAACAGUUUUAAGCUUUAAACAUGAAGUGAAAUGAGUUCACAAGAAACUAUAAAUACUUCACAAUGCAUGUUAACUCUCCUCCUAUUUUGCACACUGUCUUCUAUUUCAAAGGGUUGUGCUGGCAACGAUUUCCCACAUAUGAUGUAUCAGUUUUGAGGUCAGUUUAUUUAAUCAAAUUUAUUAAGAAUGUUUCUUGUGUUUAUGAAGGAUUGUGCCAACAUUGUCUAUUUGCUUGGUUAUUUAAAUCAUACAUUUUAUGCAUAAACAGCAUUCAAAAUGAAAUGUCACAACAUCAUGAACAAUUAAACAUAUAUUUUUU